CUCUCUCUAGCCUUCUCUCUCUCUCUUCUCUCUCUUUCUAUAGUUGCCGCAUCAGUUUCUGGUCCGAAAAACUCUCUAUUUUCUGUCCUUCACUCUUCACACUUGAGAAAUUUGUCCUCCCAAUAACUGUUUGCCAAAAAUCAUACAUUGAACACAAUUUUGGCCUUUUCUUUUAUUUUCCGGUGGGUUUUUUAUUAUUUAAAAAAAGAAGAAAAAAAGAAAGGAGUUAAUUAAUUGAUGACAAUGGAAUCAAAUUCCUCUGGAGGGGAGGAUUGUUGUGUUAAAGUGGCUGUUCAUGUUAGGCCUCUGAUUGGAGAUGAAAAGCUUCUGGGCUGUCAAGAUUGUGUCUCCAUAGUACCUUCUAAACCUCAGGUGCAAAUCGGAACCCAUUCGUUUACAUUCGAUCAUGUAUACGGCAGCACCGCCUCUCCCUCAACCGCCAUGUUCGAAGAGUGCGUUGCGCCACUUGUCGACGGUUUAUUUCAAGGAUACAAUGCCACUGUUCUUGCAUAUGGACAGACGGGUUCAGGAAAGACGUACACGAUGGGCACCAGUCUUAAAGACGGAUGCCACACUGGAAUAAUCCCCAAAGUAAUGAAUGCUUUGUUCUCCAAGAUCGAAACCCUCAAGCACGAAAUCGAAUUCCAAUUAAACGUUUCCUUCAUUGAGAUUCAUAAAGAAGAAGUACGAGACCUGCUGGAUCAAAGUUGUUCUCCUACGAAACAAGACAUAGCAAAUGGACAUUCGCCGAAAGUAAACAACAUCGGAAAACCUCCGAUACAAAUACGAGAGACGUCAAACGGUGUUAUUACACUCGCGGGAUCGUCAGAGUGCAGUGUUAAGACACUUAAAGAAAUGGCUUACUGCCUCGAACAAGGUUCCCUUAGCAGAGCAACCGGCAGCACUAACAUGAACAAUCAAUCGAGCCGUUCGCAUGCGAUCUUUACAAUCACGAUGGAGCAGAUGCGUAUUCCGAAUGAUAAUAGUAUAAAUGAUUGUAUGGCUGAUGAAUAUCUCUCUGCAAAAUUGCAUUUGGUGGAUCUUGCUGGAUCGGAGCGUGCAAAGAGAACGGGAUCCGACGGUCUACGUUUUAAGGAAGGAGUUCACAUAAAUAAAGGUCUUCUUGCACUUGGCAAUGUAAUAAGUGCACUCGGCGACGAAAAGAAGCGAAAAGAAAGUCUUCAUGUGCCUUAUCGGGACAGUAAACUCACUCGUCUACUUCAGGAUUCUCUUGGUGGCAACAGCAGAACAGUAAUGAUAGCGUGCAUUAGUCCUGCGGAUAUAAAUGCCGAAGAAACUCUCAACACUCUGAAAUACGCAAAUCGUGCUCGGAAUAUACAGAACAAACCUGUCAUUAACCGAGACCCGAUUUCUAACGAAAUGCUGAAAAUGCGUCAACAAUUGGAGUUUCUGCAAGCCGAGCUUUGUGCACGCGGUGGAGGAGUUUCGUUCGAUGAAAUACAGGUUCUUAAGGAUAGGAUUGGUUGGCUUGAAGCUACCAACGAGGAGCUGUGUCGGGAACUUAACGAGUUCCGUAACAGAGGCGGGCCCACUGAGCAAUAUGAAGCUACCAAUACUAAAUUUGCCGGAAACGGUGCCAUGAAAAGUGAAGGGCUGAAAAGGGGAUUGCAAAGUAUGGAGUCGUGUGAUUAUCAAAUGAGCGAAAAUAGUGAUUCCGGGGAUAUUGAUGAAGAUACGGUGAAGGAGUUGGAGCACACUUACUUACAGACAAGUAUGGAUAAAGAAUUGCACGAGUUAAAUCGGCAGUUGGAGAAGAAAGAGUCGGAGAUGAAAUUAUUUGGAGGAUAUGACACAACGGCACUUAAGCAACACUUUGGAAAGAAAAUGCUCGAACUCGAGGAGGAAAAACGAACCGUGCAGCGCGAAAGGGAUCGGCUUUUUGCAGAAGUCGAAAACCUUUCGGCUAAUUCCGACGGACAAGCACAAAAAUUGCAAGAUGUUCACUCCCAGAAACUAAAACUUCUUGAAUCUCAGAUACAAGAUCUAAAGAAGAAACAAGAGAGUCAGGUUCAACUGUUAAAACAGAAACAGAAGAGCGACGAAGCAGCUAAAAAAUUACAAGACGAAAUACAAUGCAUCAAGGCGCAAAAGGUUCAGUUGCAGCACAAGAUUAAACAAGAAGCCGAACAAUUUCGACAAUGGAAGGCGUGUCGGGAAAAGGAACUAUUACAGUUAAGGAAAGAGGGAAGAAGAAACGAGUACGAACGGCAUAAAUUGCAAGCGCUAAAUCAACGUCAAAAGAUGGUUCUUCAGAGAAAGACCGAAGAAGCUGCAAUGGCUACCAAGAGGUUGAAAGAAUUGUUAGAAGCACGGAAAUCUUCGUCUCGUGAAAACUCCGUAACUAGCAACGGGAGUGCAAUGAAUGGACCGAGCAACGAAAAGUCAUUGCAGCGUUGGCUCGAUCACGAGCUGGAAGUGAUGGUGCAUGUGCACGAAGUUCGUUACGAAUACGAGAAGCAGAGUGAAGUACGAGCUGCACUGGCAGAAGAGUUGGCUGUUUUAAGACAAGUCGACGAAUUUGCUUCCAAGGGUGUUAGCCCACCUCGUGGCAAAAAUGGUUUUUCUAGGGCGUGUUCGAUGUCGCCGAAUGCGAGAAUGGCGAGAAUAGCUUCGCUGGAAAGUAUGCUUAGUAUAUCAUCGAAUUCACUAGUUUCGAUGGCUUCACAGCUGUCAGAAGCAGAAGAAAGAGAGCGUAGUGUAAGUGCUCGUGGAAGAUGGAACCAACUUCGCUCUAUGGCCGAUGCAAAAAAUCUUCUUCAAUAUAUGUUCAAUUAUCUCGGUGAUGACAGGUGUCAGUUAUGGGAAAGGGAAAUGGAAAUAAAAGAGAUGAAAGAGCAGAUGAAGGAGCUCGUUGGUUUAUUGAGACAAAGUGAAGUUCGAAGAAAGGAAAUCGAGAAGGAGCUAAGAUCAAGAGAGCAAGCUCUCGCUACCGCAUUUUCUACACCACCAUCUGGAAAUUCACUUAGACACGUAGCUGACGACAUGAGCGGGCCAUUAUCUCCGAUUCCCGUGCCCGCACAAAAACAGCUCAAAUAUACAGCCGGAAUAGCUAACGGCUCGGGGAGAGAUUCCGCUGCAUUUAUCGAUCAAACACGCAAGAUGGUUCCGAUUGGACAGCUGUCGAUGAAGAAAUUAGCGAUGGUCGGACAAGGAGGGAAGCUAUGGAGAUGGAAGAGGAGUCAUCAUCAAUGGCUAUUACAGUUCAAAUGGAAGUGGCAAAAGCCUUGGAAACUUUCCGAAUUUAUCAGACACAGCGACGAAACAAUCAUGAGGAGUCGGCCUCGUGGGGGGGCCCCACACACUCUUCCCGAUCUUAUGCAUAGAAAAACCGUCACUAGCUUAUAAUUACAAAAAAAAAAGAAAACAUCUCAACCCUUUGUACAUUCUUAUUAUCCAUUUUCCGUCCCCCACGCCAUAAUAUUGCACAUGGAAAUAAGUUGCGGGUAAGUCCUUUAAGUUCAUAAUAAUAUCUUAAUGGGUCCUCCCGUUUUUUUUUUUUCAAUUUUUCGAAAAAAUUCAUUUUUUGGAUUUUACCGAAAAAAAUGCAGGUUGAGGGUAUAAGUGGGAAGUUGGAGAAGAAAUUUGUGUAGUAGGUGUAUUGGUUAUAGACGAAUAUGAAGUGGAAAUGGUUUUUUUAAUUUUUCGACUUUUUGGAAAUUUUGAUAGUUGUGGUUUGUUGGUUUUAGUUACGAGGUGGGAUUGUGAUGUAUCGGAGAUAGGUUAUAUUUUACGCCUCCCCGGUGAUCUCCGUUGUAUAUUUUGUGAAUGGAAGUUCAUCAAGUUAGUAGUGCUUGUGAAAUGUUAAGGAUUUUUUUUUGUUUGUUUAAUUUUUAAUUUUUAUUUUUUUGUUGGCUAAUUGGCCUUUUUGUAUAAUGUGUGUAAACACCAACAAUAGUGGUUUUCGUUUGAAGUGUAUACAGUGCAGCAUUGUUAAUUGAUCA